AUGUAUUCCGCGCGCGGUCCUCGCGAGCUCGUGGCUGCUUGUAUGGACCAGAUUUCCCUUGAAGGAAGUGCAGGUCUUACAGUAACGUCUCUUUUCUCGUCUCUGGAGCCGAGUAAUGAUGUGUUUCUGCAUCAACAAGUGUGGCGGCUGUUGCGGUCAAGUCGCGGUGUCUUGCGCUUCUUCCGACGCGCCAUACUGUCACCAAAUAAAAAGCGCAAGCGACCUGGCACAACCGAAAGCUAUGAAGUUAGUGUCGAUAUGAAGGGUGAGAUGCAUGGGCCUGAAAUACACGGCCCGAACGACAUUUUGAUGCUGACGACUGAGGAACUGGAGCUGCUCACAUACGAAGAAGCCGUGGCAAUGCAGCAGGAAGUAGGCACAGAGAUAGUAGUUAUAGCAUGCGAGGAGCUUCGACAUCGAGCGCUUAAUAUACCGUUAAAGGCUAUUGCCGCUGAUCUCGGACCUGAACAUUUCGGUAUUCUUGAAGCAGUGGGUCGUGCGCGCAUCCAGGGAGUAACAAUCAACAAGUUGACGUAUAUACUGAAAGCCAAGCGAAUGAUGAUUGUGACCCGGCCCACAAUGAGACGAUUGAAUAUUAUUCACCUGCCGCGAUUUGCUGACAAGUUUCAGCCUCAGAUGUUUGACGAGUCGGCGAGUUUUGAAUUUGAUGAGCAGAGUCGAAAAAUUUUGUGCGUGGCAGCAGAAACAUAUUUAAAAGGAUUGCCGACGUACUCAUCAGUGCUGUCGGAUCUCGGACGCGACCUUUGUUUGCAAAAGCGACAUUUGGAGGUACUUCGUUCCCAUAUAACUCAAGAGUGCAAAGCGGAUGAGAACUUUUCGCUGGAGUUGUUUCAGGCUGUAUUGCAACCGUCGCAACGUGGUAAAAUCGAGCCUAAAAUCUUAAAUUGCGUGCGGUACAAACCUCCGAACACUUGCAAAAACGCGGCAUACUGUCGUGGUAUCGUGUUAGAGCUUGGGCUGCUCCAUCAGAUUUAUAGAGUCAUUGAGGCCAACUCUGAGAUCGGAACCACGAUUAUUGAUUUGCGGAACCAAAUUGUACUACCAGGAAGUAAGUUACCGUAUAAAUUAGUGGGUAUCUUGGCGGGAAUGUACAGCUUGAAGGCAGAGUCGAUCAUCCUGGGAAAAAAUAAAGCUUUUCGACUGUAUCUUGACUCGACAGCUCCCAGCGCUAAAAACAUGUACAGCAAAAAUCAAAAGAAAGGCACUUUCGAUGACACUUGCUUGCCACAAGAGAGUCGGUUUAUUGUCACGACAAAUGAAGACGAAGUUGCAACUGACGUAAUUAUGGAACGACAAUCUACACCUCGAGUUAAGAUGGCCUUGAAAGUUGCACUUCGUGGAUUAGAAGUUGAUGGUACGAAUGCUCGACGUCGCCAGCACAUUUUAGAUAGACUCAAUGAUGAGAAAAUAAUAAGCUUAUCGUCGUUGCGCGAAAGUGUUUUUGGUAUGGAGAAACAGCGCGCCGAAACUAACAUUUUGCCACAUUUUACAGACGUGAAGGACGAGAUAUCGACCCACAGUAAUGCAAACAGCUUAAUGUUGCCUACUACAGUUGGAAAAGUAGAUACUCGGUCAAUUUUCCGCAUCGCAACUGAGCUCGAAGGUGCAAAAAAGUUACGGCUUUUACAGCUUCCAUUACCUGCACAAAACGUUUCAACCAAAUUUCGCGCGCUGCGCUGUGUGGUCGCGCCUGGAUAUGAAAACAAAGAUGCUUUUAUUCAACGUUAUGUGAAAAAUUAUUGUCGUGAUGAGCGGUUGCGGCGCAUAAAUCGAAAGGCUGAUCAGAGCAAAGUGAUUCGAUUUGACAAGAUUGGGGAUGAGCAGGACGAGAAACCUAAGCAUAAAUUUGCGCGUAAAAGACUGAGAAAGGAGUUCACACUGGCUGCAUCAAGCUCUGGAGAGAACAAGAAACAAAAAUCAAAUCUGGAUGGUGAAAUAGAUGCCCAAACGCAAUUAGGUGGUCAGGUAUCAGACAUCGAAGCAGCACUGAGGACACCAGCAUCAUAUGCUCAAAAUGAAGUUAGUUACAGGAUCCGGUGCUUUGUGAGUCAGCAGAAAUCGGGAAUUCACUAUCAGCAAUUCCGAAAGCUUGGGUUUGCUUACGGUGUGAUGUAUCGGUGCAAAGCUUUACAUCGGUUCUUGUGGGAUGCUUUGCACAGAAGCGACGUAAACUUUCAGCUCCCUGGCGAAGAAAAGGAUACAACAAUAAAGAGUUUGAACGAGGUCAAUGGUGAUUGUAGAAGUAGGGCCGCUCCACAUCAAGCUCCUUUGCCAGGGAUUGUGUUUUCGCGAGAAUCGAUAUUACACUCGAUGCCCGUGCAUUUAUAUAUUCAGAUUUUUUCAGGCGGAGGAGUUUUGACAGAUGCAGAAUUUGCCAUCGUCGAGGAAGCCGUUAAGCAUCAGCGCACGUUUGAAGCUAUUCCAAAAAAGCUUUGUAAAAAGAUAUGGUGUCACGAGUCUCAACGCACUGCAAAAGUAUUGGGUACUCUUGCAGAUUUAGGGUUGAUCCAGCCACACAAGAUUGGAAUGAAACACUUGGUCGAAAUUCUGCGAGCUGGGUACACCGACGGGCGAGACGGUGUACUCUCUCGCGCGCUAAAGGACAACGCAUUAGGUGGGCUAUUUCGUUUCAACAAACAGGUCAGAAUUAGAUUAAAUGAUCAUGACAACACGUGCAGCGACAUUCAGACUACAAACGAAUGCCGUGAUGUGAAUGAUCUUGAUUCGAUUCGAAUCGUUGGUUUUACCGAAAAAACGUAUAGCUUUGCAAGUACGCUACCGCUCACGUUUUCAUUUCAGUCAAGCUGUGAUGUUGAUCGCUUUUGGGAGGCUCUUGAGUGCCUUUGCCUGGAGCAAAUGACUAUGGAAGUAGAGACUCCAAGGAGAAACGAACCAGCCGUGCGUGAGGUUCCGAAGCCUGUUAAGACGCGUGCUCGACGAAUGCUGCGGAUUCUCGCUUGGAUACCGAAGUCACAAAAGCCUGUAGCCAAGCAAAAGCGCGAUGAGGGGAGCCACGGAGAUAAUUUUAAGAGCAGUGGCAUUGUUUCUACUAUUUCGAGACCUCGCAAAAAGCGACGACAUGCCGAAUGUGGUGGUGAGAAUAAUAAUCUGCACAAUGGAGCGAAGCGAAAACAUAGAAAAAAGUACCCUGCUAUAAUGGAAGAUGGUCAGUCAAAGGUAGAAUCCAUUACUUGGCUGGAUGUGCACGAACAGCUUUUGGAUAAGUAUUUCAUCGACAACUGCAAAAGCCGAUGGAAAGUUCCCAUUCCCCAAGGCUUACAGCGUGACAAUGAACGGGUGGCUUUCCGGAACCACACAGUUUCACGAACAGGCUUUGGUCUAGUGACCAUUGCACGGAAACUAGGCAAACGGAGGAUUGACGUGAAAAGACGGUUGAAAGAAAGACUAAUGGAGCCUACGGUAAAAGUCGCGUAUGAGAACGCGAAACUGGAAGCGAAGCUUGCUGAUAACCCAAGCGGCCUUUUUGACGAGGAAAUUGCAAUCCAAGAAACGAGUAGAAUGACAGCACUCUUUCGGCGUGCAGUAAUGAUGAUCAUGUCUCCACGCGAAGAUUACCAUCCGCUGGUUGCCGAAGAACUGAUAUCUUCUUGGUCCUCGCAAGAAAUCCGACUGGUUUGGCGAUAUCUAUGGCUUAAAAAUUGGAUUGUGCGCGCGCCCGAAAAGGAAAGGGGCCGAGGGUACUCGACCAGCAAGCGGCUGCAAGAUAUACUUAAGGUAAAUACACUGUCGUAUCCAUUAUUAUUAUUUCAGCAAGCUGCGGAGCAAGAAAGUUUGGUGUGUUCAACACUGGAGGAAAUUGAUGUGGACUCCAAAGAUGCGAAAAUAUCCAGCAUGUUUUGUGUUGACCCUCAAUAUAGUGAUCAGCUUUUCGAGAAUGACUUUCCUACGAAUGCUACACCUGGUCAAUGUGCUCUCGAGCUAGGAUGUCAGGUACUCGGCACGUGCUCGUUUACAGCAGUUCACGUCUCAGCUUCCGACAUAAACACGAAAUUUGAAGAUUUGAUGGCCAUCACCCAGACAAUUCGCAUGAGGGCACCGACUCCAGGCGCAUGUAACAGAGAUAACAGCUUUACCUGCACGACUUUGAAGGGCAGAGCUGGUUUUGCUGCACAUUUAGCCAACAAGGUAAAUGUUUCAAAGGCGUCGGAUUUCAUUGACAGCUGGCGAGUGGAGACGAAGAUGCACGCAGUGUCUGUCGAGGAUACAGAUCUACUGAGCGCUAACGAGGCUUUUUCGCUCGAAGAGAUCUGCGACAAUGCAAGAUUCCACCAAUUUCAAUAUGCCGAGAGAGUGGAUGAAGAGCUGAGCCACGCUGUCGCUGUGCAUGUGCGUGAAAGUGGGGAGGAGGGCUUGACUAUGCUAUCUUUGGUAAUAAAAUGUCGUAAACCAAAAUGUACAGAGAACGAAAGAUCGUUGCGCAUUCGUGUGGCGCGCUGUCUGGACGCACUCGUUGAACAGGGCCAGCUUAUCGUUGUUAACGCGUAUUUUGAACAGCGUUAUAUUGUUAAAGAGCAUGGGGACGUGUGGAUGCUACGGCCGUACUUACUGAUUUCAGGUACCUCACCAAGACCCAAACUUCUUUUUGAGGAGGGAAAGAACACGCUAUCGUUUCCAUGGCUGAAAAUGGACGGCGGGACAAACUAUACAUUUCUCUUCUCAAUUCAGCGCAAGCUGCUAGCGCUUAUAAUUCAGGCACCGGGUAUUUCAGAAAAGUGCGCUUACUUUAAGAUGAAUAAAUUAUUGUCCUUGCAGGAUACUCGCGAGGCAAUGUCAAUGCUCGCAGAGAACGGAUUAGUCUACGCCCGUGCAGUUACCAAUUCUACGUCGACACAAGUCGCAAGUUUGUUUGGCUGCUCGGUGAGUCAGCCGUCUGUUCACAAGAUCUUUAAAUUGGAGGAUAAUGUGCUGUCUUAUGAUCGCUCGGUGUUUCAAGUGCGCUAUUUUCCUCACGUCGAGUGCAUUCAGCGAUUUGGAAGUAUCGUUCAAGACUACCAAAAUAUCGUAUUUCAAAAUGAUUGA